CGUCCCGACGCUCGACGUCUCCGGCAAAAACGACGAGCCUACAUCGCGCCUUCUUUCCGCAUCGAUCCGCGCGGAAUAUUUAAAUAAACCUAUUUUUCUUUAAUCAUUUUCACACACACACUCUUUACGUGGCCGUAAUUUAUUUAUUUUAUUAAAUUUAAUUGUAUAGUGAGUGUUAAGCAAUGGCUAGUGUCGAUUCCAACAGGAGGCGAUCCGGAGGGAUCUUGUAGUUGCACCCCUUGUGGAUUAAUAAACUUAGCCUCUUUGUUGAUUCUGUUUUAACAUAAUAUUCAGAUGAAAAUGGUCUUAAGUGAAGACCCAAACGGCGUCGGAGCGUCUGGGACGUCACCGUGCUACGAACACCAUCAUUCAUCUUGGCUAAGGCGGCACGGCUAGCCUGGGGCACUCGUCCCCAUCGAUGAUGGGCGACCGCGACGGCGGAAGCGGCGAAGGGGAGGGGGGGCCCGCCGCCAUCGCCGCCGUGCGUUGGGACGAGCCGGCGGCCCCCUAUGCCACCCCUGGAUCGCCGCCCCUUGACCUCGAGGUGACGCAAGGAGAACAGCCGCCCUUUAAUGCACCACCUCCUCCACUACCUCUGCACCUAGAGCGACCUUACUCUAGGAGCAUGUCGUCCUUACCUCCAGAACCAUUUAUGAUCAUGCGCUCGAAGGCUUUAAAUAGACGCGUGGUACUGAACGUAGGUGGGGUGAAACACGAGGUACUAUGGCGCACGCUCGAUCGGCUACCUCAUACCCGCCUGGGGCGGCUGCGCGACUGUAACACUCACGAGGCGUUGACGGAAAUUUGCGAUGACUACUCGCUGAUCGACAACGAAUACUUCUUCGACCGACAUCCCAAGUCCUUUUCGUCUAUAUUGAAUUUUUACCGCACGGGGAAGCUGCAUUUGGUUGACGAGAUGUGCGUGCUCGCCUUUAGUGAUGAUCUUGAAUAUUGGGGGAUAGACGAAUUGUAUCUGGAAUCGUGCUGCCAACACAAAUACCACCAAAGGAAGGAGCAUGUGCACGAAGAGAUGAGAAAGGAGGCUGAAUCGUUACGUCAAAGAGACGAAGAGGAAUUUGGUGAAGGUCAAUGUUCGCAAUGGCAAAAAUGGCUGUGGGAUAUGCUGGAAAAACCGACAACUUCGAUAGCUGCCAGGGUAAUAGCCAUCGUAUCGAUAUUGUUUAUCGUGCUGUCCACCAUCGCGUUGACCCUAAAUACCAUUCCAAGUAUGCAGGUAAAUGAUGAAAAGGGCAAUUUUCAAGACAACCCCCAGCUAGCCAUGGUCGAAGCCGUAUGUAUAACCUGGUUCUCCCUGGAGUACAUCUUACGUUUCAGUGCCUCGCCGAACAAAUGGAAAUUUUUUAAGGGGGGCCUAAACAUAAUAGACUUAUUAGCCAUACUGCCUUAUUUCGUGUCACUAUUUUUAUUAGAAACGAAUAAGAACGCAACCGAUCAAUUCCAAGACGUACGACGUGUGGUGCAAGUGUUUAGGAUAAUGCGAAUAUUGCGGAUACUGAAACUAGCCCGGCACUCGACCGGGUUACAAUCGUUAGGUUUUACUUUAAGGAACUCAUAUAAGGAGUUGGGCUUGCUAAUGCUUUUUCUCGCAAUGGGGGUAUUGAUAUUCUCGAGCUUGGCGUAUUUCGCGGAAAAGGAGGAACCUGGCACAAAGUUCAUUUCGAUACCGGAAACGUUCUGGUGGGCCGGAAUAACCAUGACCACCGUCGGUUAUGGUGACAUCUAUCCUACUACGCCUCUGGGCAAGGUCAUUGGAAGCGUGUGCUGUAUUUGCGGCGUACUGGUGAUUGCGUUACCCAUUCCUAUAAUUGUUAACAAUUUUGCCGAGUUUUAUAAGAAUCAGAUGAGGAGAGAGAAAGCGCUGAAGAGGAGGGAGGCACUAGAGAGGGCCAAAAGGGAGGGAAGCAUCGUCUCGUUCCACCAUAUCAACCUGAGGGACGCUUUCGCUAAAAGUAUGGAUCUCAUUGAUGUCAUUGUCGACACAGGUCACAACAUUUCACACGCCGAUGGGAACAGCACUGAAGGGGACUCAACGACUGGUGCUGGCGGAAGAAACCCUUCCCAAACCGGCACCGGCUGCUACAAGAACUUCGAGCAUUUCCCAAAUAGUAAUAGGGAUAGAAGUAACUCUUCCAUGACACCUUGUCUUCCUACUGGAGAGGGUCAUCCUCCUGUGUCUUCACCUAUAACCAGACGGCGUCAGUUACUAGACCUAAGCGCAUCCAAUUCUUUGGAAGAAGAGAGAUCCAUGAUGGCGCCGCUUGCGCAAGACGAGACACAACUUCUUCCUGGAUCUCCCAUGGGUUAUAUAUCACCUUCAGUUGGGAGUAAAACAUCAGAAAAUACCAAAAAUAAGACAGUAAAUGAGAAAUUGGAGGAGAUUCCUAGCGAGUUUGAAUGCUGCUUCUGUAACACCAAGGACUAUAAAGAUUUCGUGGAUGCCGAAAGUUUGAUGCCGCUAGCCACCAGUGAUUUUCGCCAGCCAGUAUGCCUCGAGAUGAGAACAAUGGAAUUGGAAGCAAUGCGCGAAAAAGCUAAUAAUUUAUUUUUGGAAACGUACCGGGAAGAAAACGCCGUUGUUCCUAUAAGGGCAAAUGGAGGCGAUCUUGCCAGUAUGGAUAGUUCAGAUACGUUUGCUACUUGCACAACAUUUCCGUCUAAUUCACAGGCUGAUCUAACCGCAGAUAUCCUAGAUUCAACCUUGUUAGCAUUAGAUAGCAGCAAUCUCUACAUAAAUCCCUUAGACAAGUCUACAGAGAGUAGUCCCGCUAUUCCGCCAAUUCCUUCACAAAAUCAACGCAUGCCUUCAGUUAAAAAGUCUGCUAGUGGCGAUACAGCACUGCGAAGCCUCGGCUCCACACCGGUGGAUGAAAAAUUAACCUUUCGCCCCUUACAAAAUGUUGAAAGAGGUAGUAGAAGCAGCUUGGAUGGCUCGCCUGGUCCGAAGAAACAGAAGACGCGUUUUCAGUUGAGGAAGUCGUCGGUACGGGAAGCAGGAUUUCUUUUCCAAAUACCACGGCCCCAUUCACGAUCUGAAGGACAACGCUGUUCACAGGAUAGUCUGGAAAAGAGAAGCAAAAGCAAAGGUUUGGCUUCAGCCGCUCGCAUAUUAAAUCAUCAUUUAUUUGGAGAAAGUCCUGGAAGUCCGAGAUCAGGUAAAAAUAACACAAGCAAAUCGUCCCUGUCAGUGGAUUCCCUGGACAGCAGAGAAACCACUACCCCACAAACGGUAGAAACAAACCGUAGAUCGAGAUCCAUUUUAAAGAAAGCAGAUAGUUCUGGCAACGGUCGUAGUAAGGAAGUAGAUCCAGAAAGUGAACGACUUAUUUCAGAUAAUGGAUCAGGGAGUUUUGAUGGAACAAAUUAUUCGCCGAUACUACAGCCAAACAAGUUACAAAAUAAACGCUCAAAGAUGCAAUCGUCAGCAUAUCAACAGGAAUUGGAUAGGACCAGAUCUUUUAAAACGCAGCUGCUCAGACUGGAUGAUGUUAGAGGUAAAUCUGAUUCAGCUGCGCAAAUAAAUGAGGUACCUUUGUAUAUUUGUCCUCCUCCUCCUCCAAUCGAUAGUUUUUCGCCUACAGAGGAAACGCAUUUGCUUUCAGUACUUGGGACGAUAGAGAACGUGUCAUCUAAUCCUCAAGUCUCUAGUCAGUAUAAAAUUGAUCGAAGACAUCCGACGACGUAGCAUUUACAAAUAAAGGAAUUAAUUUCUGGACUGUACUGUUUAACACAUACGUCAAUUCUGAAACAAUCUUUGUACUGUGGAUAGUAUUUAUAUACAUUGCUGCAACUGGUGGCGCAAUUAGAGUUUAAUUUAAAAAAAAAAUAGGAAAAUAUUCUAGGCCAGCCAUCGCUGGGUAUAUAGUUAUACAUUUUAUUUUAAAUAAUUUGCUCAUUAGUAUCUGACAAUCAUAUUAAGUCAUCAAACUGUGAGAGGUAUGUACCAUUUAAUGGAAUAAACAAUUGAAAUAUAUUUAUUAUAAUAUAAAUAUAAUUUAAGUAUAUUUAUACUAUAUAAGUAUACUUUUUAUAUAGUACCCCUGUCCUGAAAAAAAAUUCAUAAGGCGAUCUAUAAUACAAAUUUUUUAAAAAAUAUCAAAUAUAACGGAAACUUUAAUCAGCCCUGAUAAUGUUGUUAAUUUUAAUGUAAAUAAAAAAACAUUAAAAUUAACAAACAAUUGAAAAAAUGCUUCCACUUUAAGUCAUGUUUAAAUGAGGUAUAAAACACUGAAAACGUUCUUGCUUAAUAUUUAAAAAAAUAUAAAUUUGUGAAAGGCAACCACCACUGUUUAGAGAAUUAAUAAAAUAUUGAAGAUACCUGGAAGAGAACACAUAUAAUUCAUGUAUACAAGAUACAUCAAUUCUGAGGUAAAUAAAUUGGCUUUCCUGGAAGAAGAGAAAGUGCCAAGUAAUAGGGAUAUGAAAGGUUCAUUUGAAUUUUUUCAUCUGAAAAACUACCUAGAAAUAACCAUAUACACUGGUAUUUAUUCCAGUUACCUAAGAAAGAAUUUUAAAGAAACUACCUGCUUCGAAUGAGAAAAAAAAACUUUCGCUCUAUUAAGAAAAUAUGACAUGGAAUUAAUAAUUAUAUGAAAAUUAACUCAAUUACUUUAAUUACCCAAAAUCACACAUAAAAGUGCCUAUAGGAAGGUAAAUUAUACUCCUAGAAUAAAUAGGAAAUUAAUUUUACAAUAAACAAAUUGAAAAAAUAUAUUUGGUAUUUGAAAUACCUGAAAGUGGAAAAAAUGUUUCAGACUACAGAGAAAAUAACUUUAACUAGAAUAAAUAGUACAAACAUACAUGAUAUUUGUUUAAAAAAAUAAGAAACCCAUUGGAAUAUUGGCAAGAAGUAAAAUACCAAACACAGAGCAUAAAGAGAUAAACAAAUUUUGGAAGAAAAAAAACAUAUUUUUCUACUACCGUGCGUAAAGUAGCGGAGACCGGGGUUGGUUGUUACAAUUUGAAGAAAAAUACUUGUAAUUUUAUUUAAUUGAAACUUUAUGAACAUCUUAUAAUAGUUUUAUUUAGCUUAUACUUUUCUGUAACUAACAAAUAAUGUAAAAUAAAUAUAUAUCAAACACAAAAUAAACUGUCAACACUUACAAGUAAUGACAAAUGUAACAACCAACCCCGUUACGGGGUUGGUUGUUACACCAUUAAGCAUCGUCAUCUGAGUCACAGUUGAUACAUACAAAGAACAAAUCGGCAUCUACACAGAGACUAUGA